AUGGGCAACAUCGGGAUCUCGCAAGGACCUCUUCCUCCUGAGAAAAUGGCUCCACAGCAGCCUCCCACGAGAGAACCUUCACAAGACAAAGACAUGGUAUCAGCACCAUCCGAAACAGAAGCCGAAGCCUCAGUAGCGAUGCCCGUUCAAGCCGCUGCUGAUGAAGAAAAGCCCCUUCCAGUGGCUCAAGUUGCCGAGGAAGGCGAAAAAGAGCGAUCUCUCCCGAUCGAAGAAGAGGAGUCAGAAGUCGACCGCUCGCCUGAUGGACGCUUCAUCCGAUUCAAAAAAGAAGUCGGCCGGGGCAGCUUCAAAACAGUCUACAAAGGUCAAGACACGAACAGUGGCGCUGCCGUUGCCUGGCUUGAGCUUCAGCCACAUAAGAUCACCAAGGAAGAUCGCGAGCGAUUCCGAGCUGAGGCUGAGAUUCUCAAGAAGCUCAAACACACCAACAUUGUUCAAUUUUACGACACAUUCGAAAUGGCGAACAAGACAACUGGACUUCGGUCUGUCGUGCUUGUUACAGAACUUAUGACGUCUGGAACACUCAAGACUUAUCUGAAACGGUUCAAAGUCAUCAGAUCGCGCCCUUUGAAAAGUUGGAGCCGACAGAUUCUCCAGGGUCUGAAAUAUUUACACUCGAGAAAUCCAGUUGUCCUCCAUCGAGAUCUAAAGUGUGACAAUAUCUUCGUUACUGGCACAAGCGGAGUCGUAAAAAUCGGCGAUCUGGGACUGGCAACAUUCAAGCGCCAGGAAGUCGCAAAAUCAGUCAUCGGUACUCCUGAAUUCAUGGCCCCCGAAAUGUACGAUGAGAACUACUCUGAACCCGCAGAUGUGUACGCAUUUGGCAUGUGUUUGCUAGAAAUGGUGACGAACGAGUACCCAUAUGAAGAGUGCGCUAAUCCCACUCAAAUCUACAGACUGGUUGUAAAAGGCACCCCGCCCAAAGCGUUUGAGAAAGUUGAAGACGAGCGCAUCAAGCACAUCAUCUCGCAAUGCAUUGAAUUCGAGCCGUCGAACAGAGCCACCGUUGCGGCGCUCUUGGACAACGAGUUUUUCGACGACAAGGAGUUGAACGUCCUCGUUGUGGGCAGGAAUGGCGGCGAGUUGAAGCUGAGACUUGUUGUUUAUGAAGGAAAUAUGAAAAAGGCGAUGCCAGAAGAUGAGGCGAUCGAUUUUAACUUCACGAUAGGUCAAGAUACCGCCUAUCAAGUGGCCCAGUCAAUGUCAGUCGAAUCCACGCUGAAAACAGAAUUUGUACCGCAAGUCGCAAAAGCCAUCAUGGACGCUGUGGAAAAGACAAAGAAAAAAGACCUGGAAGAGAAGGAGAAAAAAGAGCGAGAAAUUCAAGAAAAUUCCUCAGCUCCAAAAUCUUCCGAUCAAAGUCAAGACGAUUCCUCGAAGAAGUCCCCAGCAGCGACUCUUGCUGACUCUGGAACACAAGACGAUAAUGAUCAAAAAACAGCUGAUAAGAAACCCGAGAUUGUUAAACCAGCAAAGGUUGAUGGGAAAACCGAAAAGGCGCGGAGGGCGAAGAAUAAACGCCUGGCGGUGACUGUUAUGGAUGUGAAGCCACUCUUUCCUGAGGGACAAGAGGAAAACUCAGGCGAAAAUACUGGCUGGGAGGUUACUGUCAGGGUCACUUCUGGAGACGUAACCACUAUCGUUUUCAAAGUCGAGCGACAGCGCCAAGAGGACGAAGCAGCCACCCAGUUAGCCAACGAAAUCAUCAACAACAAAGUCGUUCCGGACAACAAGCGUGAGAACAUCGAGAAGUUGCUUUUGGAAAUCAUCAACCGACUUUUGAGCGGCAAAUUGACAAAUGAGGCGGGCGUAAAAGACGUUCCCGCAAUCAAGUGGAAUGGCUGCAAUCGCGCCGAUGAUGAGAAACGAAACAUGGAAAUUGAAGUCGAGGUCGAUUCCGUCAGACACGUUCCUCCGGCCAAGAUCAAGUAUAAUGCGAAUCUGAUUCACCAGCAAAUGGACAAUCUAAAAACGCAAGGGAUCAUCGUUGAGCACGAGUGCGAGCACGUGUUCGAGGAGUUUAGCCGCAUCCUUCGCGACUCACUUGAGAAGAUGGGCACGGAAGACGAGAUCGCCGAGUGGAAAUCGAAAGAGAGUAUUGGACUGUCGUACGCAGCUUCAAGAGCGAACGAAGUUGAGAACAACCAUCUAGCGGGUGAUCAAAGACCUAAAUCGUUGCAUAUCGACAUUACACCGCGAAAGAGAGAAGUAGCGGAGAGGGCCAGUGAUUUGCCGUCGAUUGACGAGAAGAGCGAAAAUAAAGAAAACCAAAUCGGGAGGGAUUAA